CUGGGCCGGAGAUCUCAAAAUGACUUCCAUGUUGACCUGUGUCAUCAGAAACCUCCCUGCUUCCUCAGCAUGGGCUGCCAGGGUCUCUGCGAGGUCGCUCAGCUGCUCUUCGCAGUUACAAGCAGCAGCUGUCCAGCCUAAGAGUAAGAAGACAUUAGCCAAAAGUGGCAUGAAGAAUAUUGUUGUUGUAGAGGGCGUCCGUAUUCCAUUUUUGCAAUCUGGCACCUCGUAUGCGGAUCUUAUGCCACAUGACUUAGCCAGAGCAGCAUUGCAAGGGUUGCUGAACCGGACCAGUGUCCCAAAGGAUGUUGUUGAUUACAUUGUUUAUGGCACAGUUAUCCAGGAAGUGAAAACAAGCAACGUUGCCAGAGAGGCUGCCUUGGGAGCUGGUUUCUCUGACAAAACUCCAGCCCACACAGUCACUAUGGCUUGCAUUUCUUCAAACCAGGCUAUGACUACAGGUGUGGGUAUGAUUGCGGCUGGCCAGUGCGAUGUCGUCGUAGCAGGGGGUGUGGAGUUGAUGUCAGAUGUUCCCAUUCGUCACAAUAGGAAGAUGAGGAAGACUAUGCUCACACUUAACAAAGCCAAGACUUUGGGCCAGAAGGUCUCUCUGAUUUCCAAAAUUCGCCCUGGCCACUUUGCUCCUGAGCUACCAGCUGUGGCAGAGUUCUCCACCAAUGAGACUAUGGGGCACUCUGCCGAUCGUUUGGCUGCUGCCUUUUCAGUCUCCCGCGUGGAGCAAGAUGAAUAUGCCCUCCGUUCACACACACUAGCCAAGAAAGCCCAGGAUGGAGGCUUGCUACUCGAUGUGGUACCCUUCAAAGUGCCAGGCAGAGAUACAGUAACCAAAGAUAAUGGAAUCCGUCCUUCCUCAAUGGAGCAGAUGGGCAAGCUGAAGCCGUCUUUUGUCAAGCCGUAUGGAACUGUCACAGCUGCCAACUCAUCCUUCCUGACAGAUGGUGCUUCGGCAGUUCUGCUCAUGUCCGAGGAGAAGGCUCUGGCCAUGGGAUACAAACCAAAGGCCUACCUAAGGGACUUUGUGUAUGUGUCCCAGGAUCCAAAGGACGAACUGCUGCUCGGCCCAACGUACGCUACUCCCAAAGUGCUAGAGAAGGCUGGUCUAACCAUGGCUGACAUUGAUGUAUUUGAAUUUCACGAAGCCUUUGCUGGGCAAAUUCUGGCCACCAUGAAAGCUAUGGAUUCAGACUGGUUUGCACAAAACUACAUGGGCAGAAAGUCAAAGAUUGGAGCCCCACCGCUGGAUAAGUUCAAUAUCUGGGGUGGCUCCCUGUCGCUGGGACAUCCUUUUGCUGCCACUGGUUGCCGUCUAGUGAUUACUGCUGCUCAUAGACUGAAGAAGGAGGGAGGACAGUACGGUCUGGUUGCUGCCUGUGCUGCAGGAGGACAGGGGCACGCAAUGAUCGUGGAGGCUUACCCUCAGUAAUGGGACAAGGGACUGCUGAACGGAUAUUCAUACGUCCUGUGCCUGGCAAUACCAUUUCAAUGCACUAAUAAUAACACGUAUAAUCAUUCUGAGGAUUUUUGGUGGCCUUUGUAAAUAUCUUCUAGCUACUCAGCUAAUAAUUUUCAACCAAGGAACACACACUAGGAAAAUAUUCCCCAGAAGAGUUGAUAUGGUUCUUAGUCUGUCUAGGGUCCUUGUAACCAAACAGAUUUUCACUGUAAAUCUUUUAUAAGCAAGACUUUUUUUUGGGGGGGGGAUACGGAGAAAAAGAAUGAUUCCAAAACUAUGUACAAAGAAUUACAUUUGGAGUUAAGGAGAACUGUAAAGUGGUGAAUGUCUGCAGGGUAAGAUGUGAGCUAGUGUGCCCUUGUAGAGAGUAACAGUUAUUUUUAGAAACAGGUUCAGACUGAGUUGGCUGACCUGGUUUGUAAGGAGGAAGCGUGCUGCAGGAUGUCAAAACAGCACUGGAUUUAGCAAAUUGCUUCUGAGAAAUGAAUAUCACUGAUGUUAGCCACAAUACAGCCACAAUAAAAGGAAAAAUAAAGUUUGACCUCCCCCUGCUUCUCCUUGCCUGCAAUGUAUAGACUUUUUCUGCGCUGUUUGUUCUGAAGGCUGUGUGCUCUGAGAUGUUACCGGGUAUCUGCUUUCUGAUCUCUUGAAAAUGGGACACAGACUGUCUGAAAACUGCCCAGAAUUCACCUUGAUCUCUAGAGCCUAAAUAAAUCACCAAGGUAACACA